AUGUUGCAUGGCUCAAUGUAUGAGCACUACAACAAGAUUGGUGGGUACAUAGCAGCACUGAAAAGAAGUAGCCCUGGUUCAACCAUUGAGCUAGUCACUGAUAUUAGUACACACCAAAACCCACCUGUAUUCAAGAGGCUCUUUAUUUGCUUUGAAGCUUUACAAAAGGGGUGGAAAGAGGGAUGCCGAAAGGUCCUAUGUGUGGAUGGUUGUUUCCUCAAGACCUUCCUAGGUGGUCAAUUACUAUCUGUUGUGGGCAGAGAUGGUAAUGACCAGAUAUUUCCACUAGCAUGGGCUGUGGUAGAGGGGGAAAAUAACCUGUCCUGGGAAUGGUUCUUUGUUCAGCUUCAAAUGUGCUUAUAUCUAGGAGAAGGGGACGGCAUAUGCAUAAUAUCUAAUGAGCACCAACAUAAGGCACACAGAGGAGAAGAAAUGAAGCUACAAUUUUGGAAAAUUGCAAAAUCUUAUAACAAAGCAGAUUACACUGAUGCAAUGGAUGAGUUGAAUACCAUGAACCCUGAUGCUGCUACUGCUUUUAAGGGAUAUAAACCUGAAUGCUUCUGCAGAGCUUUCUUAGACCCAUCAUUCAGGACUGAUGCCAUCACAAGUAACAUGGUGGAAACCUUCAACGGCUACAUAAUAAAUGCAAGGACAAAACAUAUCCUCUACAUGCUUGAAGAUAUCAGGGCUAACCUUAUGCAAAGGUUAAUGUUGAAAAGACUUGAUAUGCAGAAGUGCACUUCAACCUUAUGCCCCAAGAUCCAGAUGAAACUUGAGACAGAAAAGGAAAAAGCUGCCAAUUGCGAUGUCACACCAUCAACUGAAACCUUAUUCAAUGUGAACUAUUGCUUGGAUCAACUGGUGGUUAACUUGGAAGCAAGAACAUGCACAUGCAGGAAGUGGGAUAUGCUUGGCAUACCCUGCUGCCAUGCUGUUGCCUGCAUAUUCUUCUUGCAUAAGGAAGCAGAAGACUUUGUUCAUGAAAGCUAG